CAGGCCGCGAUGCCCUGGGGGUCCCUGACGACGCGCUUCGCACAGCUGAUGGCCGUGAGCACAUCGACUGGAAACCAGGAGAGAAAACAUUCGGACCAGAGGAUGAAGAUGACGAAGACCCUGCUGCUGCUGCUGCUGGUGGCCGUGGCCAACGCUAAAGUCUUUGAGCGCUGUGCCUGGGCGCGCACCUUGAAGGCCAGUGGCAUGGACGGUUACCGCGGCAUCAGCCUGGCCGACUGGGUUUGUCUGACCCAACACGAGUCACAUUUCAACACCAGAGCCACCAACCGCAACACAGACGGCUCCACCGACUACGGCAUCUUCCAGAUCAACAGCAAGUACUGGUGCAGAGACGGCGGAGUCUCCAGAUCCAACGGAUGCGGCAUCAACUGCAGCCAACUCCAGACGGACGAUGUGACCACGGCGAUCACCUGCGCCAAACGGGUCGUCAGGGACCCCAACGGCAUCAGGGCAUGGGUGGCCUGGACUACUCACUGUCAGAACCGAGACCUGAGCAGCUACCUGAGAGGCUGCAGACUCUAACCUGGACCUGAAGACCGGAUGGACCAGAAACAUCACUUUCACAGAUCCAGUCCUGGUUAAAUUAAACUAAGUACACCCCUGAUCAAGAGGUACCUCAGCCUCUUCCUCCCUGGUCUGAUGCUGCAUUCACUGACCACUCAGUGACUCUAAAGACCUUCUGUAAAAUUCAACACAUCCUGACCCAUCAGGCAGAAAUUGUGAUCUUUUUCUGUCCCAUUAUUUUCUAUUCAAUACGAGAAAAUCAACCUGAAGCCAUUUCUUACUUUCUCCAGCUCAGAUUUUCUUUACAGUCAAUUCGUAAAGGUUCACAGGAACGAUGCGGUAAAAGCCACAAAAUCAGAGGAAAUUCCACGUUUAUCAUUUCCAGAUCCAUGUCUGGUUUGUUAUUAAACAUGAAUUUAAAUAAGUUUAAAUUAAUUUAAUAAACUGGAGUUUGCAUGA